CUGUGCGGAGCGGCGCCUGAGGCGAGGUGGUCGUUGUGGUUCGUGAGCCCCGAUGGUCGGGGGCCCUGCGGCCGCCUCAGGGCUAGCGAGGAACGUGGCGGCGAGCUGGGAGCAGCAUUUUGUCGAUUAGAAUUGUGUGAACCAAACAGUACUCAAGAUUUAUGACUGGAAGGAUGAAUCUGAACCACUAAUCUUUGGAAACAAUUUGAACCACAAAAUGCCCAUGGCAAAACUUGGCUUUGCCUAUAAACUUGUCUGGCCUCUGCUCCAAGGGAAGCAGCUGUGACUUGAUUCAAGAUGGUCACAAAAUGCAGUUGGUCAAUACAAGCUGUAUGGACUCUCCUGAAUAUUUACUCUUUUGCAGAUGGACUUGUGCAAUUGUGUGGCCAGAUCACCCCGGAGUCUCCAGUAGUACCAAUUGGCUCCGAUUUCACAGCAAUAUGCAUUCUCAAUGACAGUUGUCAGAACACGUAUGGCAGUGUUCAUGCUAGUCAGAUAAUCUGGAAGACUAAAAACAAGGUGGUUCCUAAGGAACAGUAUAGCAUAAUAAACCGCACAGCUUCUCAAGUAACGUUUAACGACACCUCUACAUUGGUUUCUCCUCUGACGUGUAACAUCUUAGUAGAAGGAAACAUUGAGCAGAAUAUCUAUGGAAUUCAUGUUCAGUUGGGCUUACCCCCAGAAAAGCCUAAGAAUUUGACUUGCUUAAUGAAUCAAAUAGAAAAGGACAAAUACAGUCUGCUGUGUACCUGGGAACCUGGAAGGAAUACUUUCCUGAACACCAAGUAUUCUUUAAAACAUCGAUGGGUCGAUGAGAUUUUUGAUGACUGCAUCCCCAGCGGCAUGAAUAGCACUUGCACCAUAGAAGAUGGUAUUUCAUUUUUCGUCACCACCGAAGUGUGGGUGGAAGCUGAGAAUGACCUUGGGAAAGCUGAAUCUGAACACAUUACUUUUGAUCCUUCAACAUGUGUGAAACUUCUUCCUCCACACAAGGUUUCAGUCAACAUCAGUGAACUUCCCACAGUCCUGAAACUCUCAUGGGAAAAUCGGUUUGAUACAGAUUUGGAUUUGGAAUAUAACAUUCGGUACAAAGUCAUUGAUAGUUUGGACUGGCUAGAGGUUCCUCCUGAAGACACGGCAACACGGAGAACUUCCUUCAUUCUUCAGGAUUUGAAGCCGCAUACCAAGUAUGUGUGUCAGCUGCGUUCUAAGGUUAAAAACUGGGCAGUUAUGAAGGAGAGUGGGAUGCUGAGUGACAACUGUCGAUCUCAUUGGAGUGACUGGAGUAAAGAAGCAGUUGGGGUCACAGCUGAAGAUAAACCUUCUAAGGGGCCAGCUUUGUGGAGAAAAAUCAUUGAUUCUCCUUCACCAGGAAACAGGACUGUGCUGCUGACUUGGAAGGAAUUGGAUCCUUCCGCUGCCAAUGGAAUAAUUUUGAGGUAUGAAGUAAAUGUUACAGCAAAGCCACCACUUUCUUUGCCACCUGAGUUCUUCAGUUUGAAUACCACCCAGCUGAGUCUUCAUCUACAGAAUAGGACAUAUGAAGUAAAGAUUACAGCGUAUAACAGCAUUAGCAGGUCUCCUGCAUCUGUUUUGGUUAUCCCAGCACCUAACUCAAAAGGCCUUCCUGCUGCUGUGAAAGAUGUUAAAGCGUUUCCUAAAGAUGGCAAGCUCUGGGUGGAGUGGACAGCUGCCAAUGACAAUGACGAUAAAUACAUAAUUGAGUGGUGUGAACAGUGUAACAGCUCGAGCUGCAGUUUUGAAUGGCAACAGGAACCUGGAACAGCACGAGGCUCAUUUUUAAGAGGAAAUAUAAAGCAAUUCAAAUGUUACUUGAUAACUGUGUAUCCAUUAAAUACCAAUGGUCCGGGAGUUGGAAAAUCAACGCAAGCUUACCUUCUGCAAGGUGAGCCUACAAAAGGUCCCAGUGCUCGACCAAAGAAAGUUAGAAAAAAUGAAGCCAUUUUAGAAUGGGAGCCACUUUCUGUGGCAGAACAGAAUGGAUUCAUCAGAUAUUACGCUAUAUAUUAUAAAAUGAAUAAUGGAAACGAAACUGUUAUUAACGUGGAUCCCUCCACAAGAGAAUAUGUACUAUCAUCCUUAACAAGUGACACUUCGUAUGUAGUACAGAUGGAAGCAGUCACAGAGAAGGGAAGAAAACGUGGUCCCACUGUCACAUUUACUACUCAGAAGUUUG